AUGUGUAAAGACGAGCCUCAACAGAUUAAACAACAGAUAGCAAGAAAGCUAGACAAAUUGACGGUAAAUUGCAGCCAGAGACAAAAACUUUUUAAAAUAGGAAACACUUUAAUAAGUCACAGGAUCGUCGGUGCUCAAGAGGCAGUAUUUUGUACUACUGGUUUACAUUUAAGAGGUUCUAGUCCAUCACUUGUAUUCAUAAAUACAAAUAGGCCAGAGAAAAGAGGAAGACUAUUUAAGUCAAAUAGAGAAUUAAGAGUUAUGAGUACUGGAGAUGAUGAUGUCUUCAAUCCUGGUCCAUUAGAGAGAUAUCAAUCUCGUCCUGAUGGAGAACCAUAUGACAGUAUGAGUCUAGCACACUUUUCUGUAUGGUACAACGUUGCUGAUAAAAAUUAUGAGCCACUAACUUCUUGUGCCCAACCUAGAUAUGAUCUAAAGAAUGGUCUGGGAAAGAUAUAUCUAAGAAGAAAGCUAGCAUGCUUGAGAUUACCGACAAUAACACAAGAGUCUCAUGGGGAUACCGCAUUACGACCUGAUGAUAAUAAUAAUCAUCAAAAUCUAUGUGGUCAAAAUAUAGAACAAAAUAUUGGUGACAUAGAAGAUGCAUUGACUCUGGACUCUAUCUCAAGGCGUCACUUUUCAGACUCUGAGUUUGAAGCAACAAUAACGAGUCUUAAUGAUUCCCAGAGAGUCCCUUAUGAGAAGGUCCUUGAGUAUUCAAGAGCAGUACAUGAUUUUCAAAUGAGGACAAGAGAGUCAAUGCCCAGCCCUUUUUGUACGUUUAUAACAGGUGGUGCUGGAACUGGUAAAAGCCAUGUUAUAAGUGUCAUCAAAAAGCAUUUAGAAAGAGCUUAUAUUGGUGCUGGAAAUGCUUGCAUUUUAAUGGCACCAACUGGUGUUGCAGCCUUUAAUAUUGGUGGAUUAACUAUUCACCAGGCUCUCAGUCUUUCUGUAGAGCAUGGAAACUCCACUGGCUACAGAAAGCUUGGAGCUGAAAGAUUAAUGGAGCUAAGACAAUCCUGGAAAUAUGUGAACACCAUAAUAAUAGAUGAGAUAAGUAUGGUCUCAUACUUAACAAUGUCCUUCAUUCACCAGAGGCUAACUGAAAUUAAAGGAACCGAUGACUCUGAGGUUCUCUUUGGAGGACUGAAUGUCAUUGCAGUAGGUCACUUCUUUCAGUUGCCACCAGUGAGGGACAAAUUUGUGUUUCAAGAUGGCAGAGGCUAUAAUCCAGGCUCAACACACUUGUGGAGAGAUGAAUUCAAAUUAAUAGAACUAACUCAAAAUAUGAGACAAUGA